UAAAUAGACUAUUACUCCUAGAUUUAUAUACUAAUUAUAUUUCUAAAAUUAAUUUAUCUUAUUAUAAGGGAUUUAAAGUCUAA